AUGGCACCUCUCAACGGACCCUCCUACAUAGAGGAGCUCACAGAGGCGAAGUUCACACUGCAGCGGCAGUUAGAUGCAGCUCGCAUGGUGGCCGAGUCCCUGGCCAAGGAGAACUCCGCUCUUACAGACGAUUUCAACCGACAGGCGAAGGGCUUGGAGCAGAUGAGGGAGGAGAUUUCGAAACUCAAGGCGGAGGUGAAAGCGCAGAAGGUGGUGAUGGAGUCACAGGCAGUCUCAAAAGAGGCAGCCCACCAUGAGUCACUGGCAGCCAUUGAGCGAUCGCAGGCGCUGGCAGCAGAGGUGGUGGCGCUGGAGGAGCGGGUGCUGCGGCUGAGGUCGAAUGAGCUGAAACUGGAGAGACAGGCGGAGGGGUUUCAGGCAGAGGCCGAGGCACAGCGGCGUGCUGCAUCAACCUUUGAGGCAGAGAGGAAGGAGCUCCGUGCCGCUGUGGAUAAGCUAAAUGAAGAGAAACGCCAGCUCAAGGUGCAGUUGAGGAGGGCGACAGUGGGUGGCACACUCGGCGACAUGUGGCGGGGCGACAGCACGUCCACGUCAGCAACGCCAGCUGUACCGUCCGUGAGCCAAGCAACUUCAACUGAUGAGCUGGAGGCGGCCUUCCCGAGCCAAGCAGGACCGUCUGCCGAGGCAGGAGUGUCAGGCUCGGCAUCUUUUGCUGCCGAGUCAGCCGCAGCUGGCUCGAGCACCGAACCAGUCUCUGGAAGCUCAGCAGGGGUAACAAGGGAAGAUGGAGGCUCGGCCGGACCUUCAGUGGAGGGUGGGGAGGCAGGAGAACAAGCGAGGAGGAGAGAUGAAGAGGGAGAGACACUAGGUGAAGCUGGAAGGAGAGCAGUGGCAGAGGUUCGGGCACUGUUCACGCGAAUGGAAAGUGACGGGCGGCAUAACUUGGAGGAAGUGUGUGAGCAGCUGGUGAAGAUGAUUACUGCUGCUGUUGGGGCGGCAGAGGAAGGUGCUGCUGCUGCAGGUGGUGGUGGGAGGAGGGGAAGAGGAGGCAGGGAUAGGAAGGCAGGCGAAGGGGAAAAUCAGGAAGAGGAGGAAGAGGAGGAGGGAGUGGUGGAUGAUUUUUUGUUGCUGCCCGCUCUGCUGCCCGGAUCGGUGGAUGUUUUGUCAGAGGAAGAGCAGAGGAGUUUGGAGAGUAUUAACGGCCUGCUGGCAGAGAUGCAAGCAGAGAGGGAGCGCAUGGCACGCACACUCAAGGAGGAGGCUGCCACGUCAGCAGAGCUGCGGGCGGCAAAUGAGGAGCUAUCUCACAAGCUGGCGAGUCAGACACAGCACAUGGAGCUGCUGGUGGCUCAAACCGUCAUGGCUGCCGCUUCCUCUGCCUCCCGCUCCGCCUCGGUGCAUCACCGCCCCCCGUCGCCGCGACACACCGUCGCUGCCCCCCCCCCCCCUUCUCCCCCUUUUUUCCGCCGCCGCGCCUUCUCUGGCGCCGCCUGCACAUCCCGCCGCGACGCCUCGUCGCCGCCUCCUCCUCCCCCUGCCGCGACCCCCCGUCGCCGUCUCCCUCCCGCCGCCGCGCCUACUUCGGCGUCGCCCGCGCAUCCCUCCGCCGCGACGCCCCGUCGUCGCCUGCCCCUCCCGCUGCCGCGACGUCGCGUCGCCGCCUCCCCCCACCGCCGCCGCGCCUUCCUCGGCGCCGCCUGCGCAUCCCGCCGCCGCGACGCCCCGUCGUCGCCUCCUGUCCCGCCGCCGCGACUUCGCGUCGCCGCCUGCACUCCCCAUCGCCGCGACCCCCCGUCGCCGCCUACACAUCCCGCCGCCGCGACCCGCUCGUCGCCGCCUGCACGAUCCGCCGCCGCGACUUCGCGUCGCCGCCUGCACGACCCGCCGCCGCGACUUCGCGUCGCCGCCUGCACGACCCGCCGCCUGCGCAUCCCGCCGCCGCGACCUUCUCGUCGCCGCCUGCACCCCUUGCCGCCGCGACCUUCUCGUCGCCGCCUGCACCCCUUGCCGCCGCGACCUAAAGUCGCCGCCCGCGCGACCUCCUGCCGCGACCUGCUCGUCGCCGCCCGCACAUCCCGUCGCUGCGACCUAACAAUCGCCGCCCCCGCAUCCUACCGCCGCGACCUGCUCGUCGCCGCCCGCGCAUCCCGCCGCCGCGCCUUCCUCGUCGCCGCCCGCGCAUCCCACCGCCGCGCCUUCCCCGUCGCCGCCCGUGCAUCCCUCCGCCGCGCCCUCCUCGUCGCCGCUCGCUCAUUCCGCCGCCACGAUUCCCUCGUCGCCACCCGCGCAUCCCGCCGCCGAACGUUCCUCCUUGCCGCGGACCGCUCGGCGAUCAACUGGCAUUCCUUCGUCGGGAGCAUCCGCCGUGUUCUCCAAGAUGCAUUCGUCGGACCCUACUGCGUCCUUGACGUCCUCCUCCGCCGCCCGCAAGCCCUCCAGCCCACGGCACCCAAUCACCCCGGCGAACCCCCUCCACCCCCCAUUCCUCCUGGUCCUCCUCCUCCUGAACCCACCUUGGAGAUCGCCACUUCCCCAGCGCUCCAAGAUGCCGCCGAUGCCGCAUUUCUCCACGAUCGCCGCGAAUACCUCAUCCGCAAGGCGGAGCAUGAGGUUGCGGUACAUAACCACGACUUCGCGGUAGCGGAACGCGCCAAUCGCCUGGCGCUCCUUGAUGAGUACAAUACGGCCAUGGCGGACUACCUCCCUCGGAGCAUCGCAUGGGCCACUGCUGACAACCGCGCCUGCACCAUCCUCCUCGGCGCACUCCCUGAUACCCUCAUGCGCCGUUUCCAAGCUCGCGAGAUGCGCGCCUCCCUCAUCUGGGCCGAGCUCCAGGCCAUGUUCGAGCGUCGCGACAUCAGCUCUGUCGGCGCCCUGUUCCAGGAGUACUUCUCCAUCACCCUCGCCACUUGUGAUGGCGCAGUUGACUACGUGGGGCGCAUGCAGGAGAUCGCUGAUCGCCUUGCGGCACGCCAAGCUGCCCUCCCCGAGCCCCUGCAAAUCCACCGCCUCCUCUACAACCUCACCCCGGACUACGAGUCCCGCCUCCAUGCCUUCACUGAGGCCAACCCCAUGGCCGGCCUCGACGACGUGGUCCAGUGGAUCAUUGACACGGAGGUCAAGCUCCGCACCCCCGUUGUCAACCUUACCACCCCUCAGUCCUCCUCCUCCACCUCCCUCAACGCUACGCAGCCGCGCAACCAGGGUGGUCGCAGCGGCGGCGGCGGAGGCCGUGGAGCGGGUGGCGGUGGUGGUGGUGGAGGCCGUGGUGGUGGCGGUGGUGGUAGUGGUGGCCGUGGUGGCCGUGGUGGCGGUGGUGGUGGUGCUGGCAACGCCCUUGCUGGAGUUUCCUUGCCGGAUCAGCAGCAGCAGCAGCAGCAGCAGCAGCAGCAGCCGCAGCAGCAACAGCAGCAGCAGCCGGGACAGCAGCCGGGGCAGCAGCAGCAGCAGCAGCCGGGGUAG